AAACCCUCAUUUUGCACAUGUAUCAUUGUUAUUUGUUAAUUCCAAGUGGUCACCUCAGACAUUCGAACACAUCGCCAAUUCAAUGGUUCAUGGUUGAUGGUUGACCAUUCUUUGUCCUCUCCUUGAAAUUUUACUCCUGAAUUGUCUCCACAUUUUUGUGCUCUUCAUCAUACUUUGGUGUUGUUGGUGUGUGCUGUCUCUCGAGCUCGGAAGACAGGAUAGCUACCACGGUAGCUCUAUAGUGACUGAACACCAAGCUGUUCCUUUCUACUGAAGGUCGGCGCUGAACCCCUCACCAUAUACAGUGUAAGAUGCACCAAGGCAUGACACCCGCCAGUGCCGAGCACCAGUUGACCGUUGAACAGCAAGCCGAAGUGGCAACAAAUGAGGUGGAUGUGGACGAGCUCGAGGUUGAUACUUCCACAGAAGAACUUCUUCCACCGGUUUCCAAUGACAUUAAUAAGUGGGACGACGAUGAGGAGCCAAAUUCUGCCAUGAUCGACGAUAAUGCAUUGUUUAUGCCACCAACACAAAAUAAUGAUACCCAAGAGGCUACCCAUACCAUAAAUCACGAACCUACCCAUUCAAUCGAUAGUGGAGACAGUUUGAAGCAGGAGACUUCCAGUGAUCCUCCAAAAGAACAACUUGCUACUGUUAGUACCGAGGAAGAGGACAUUGUCAAUCCAGAUCAGAACAAGGAACCAGAACAAAGCACAAGAGUUGAAACACCCGAAGCCAUUGCCCCAGAAGAGGAAGAAAAUCCAGGAUCUACUAGUGGCGCCGUCGACCAACAGGACACUCACAACAGCUCUACAGAAUUCAAAACACUUGUUCCCCCAGUAGUGGAAGGAGCUGACACAAUGGAAGUCCCAUCAGAAAGUAACACGGCACAAGCAGCGUCACGUGAAGAAGAUGCACCUCUUUCCAGUGACAAUGACAAUGGCAACGACACACCAGAGGACAAACACAGCGAUGCGACCGAUCAAGCAGAAGACUCGGAGGAAUCUCUAGCGGACAACAACAAUGAGCAAAAGCAACAAACGUCUUUGACUACAUGUACUGAAAACAAUCUUCCUUGGUGGUACCCACAUUUCCGUGGUCGACCAGUCUUUUACGGGACCAAGGAAGCAUUGGGAUGGGCCUGUACGGCAGUGGGCAUGGCCGCGGUCUUGAUUGGGACGGGGGCAUUCAUUCUACCCGCCAUGGCCAAGCUCGCCAAGGAAGAAGCCGGAUGCGAAACCGAAGCUCCUUCGUCGAGCGACCCCAUUCCGCCCUGCGAGGGGAAAGUAUAUGGUAUCAAACCUAGCUCGCUCUUGACCGUCAUGUCCACUGUCGUCGGAUUGGCGUCGGCAUUUGUCAUUCCACCCGUGGGUGCAAUCGUCGAUUACACGUCACACCGGCGACUCAUUGGACGGUGGUUGUCGGCAUUGUAUGCAGUACUCAUCCUGUGCAUGGUAUUCCUCAAUGAGGAUUCCUGGUUUGCCCUUGUCAUCAUCUUGUUGUUGGCAAUCUCCAUCGGAUGGGCCAUUUCCAUGCUCUUUAAUGCCUAUCUGCCGGAACUGACGGACGACGAAAACAGGUUGAAUGAGUUUUCCAAGGCAUUUACAGUUCUGAUAUUCAGUGCCAUGGUGGUUUACCUGGCCAUUGUCAUGGGGAUUGGAUUGGCAUUUGGUGUUGCCGAUGAUGAUGUCGCGCUUGCCAGAAUCGCGGCUAUUGUCGCCUUUUGCCUCAGCAGUGUCCUGUUGUAUGCAUCCUGGGGACUUCUCUUUGAGGAGCGCAUGGCCUCUCAUGAAUUACCACCCGGCCAGACAUUGUGGGGAGCCGGAUUUCGGCAAGUCUAUCGAACAUCCAUCAAAAUCUGGAAUGACUACAGGGCGUUGAAGUGGUUCUACAUUUCCAUAUGCUUUGGCGAUGCCGCGAUUCAAUCCUUGUCAGUCAUUGCCAUUACAUUCAUUACAGAUCAUCUGGAAUUUUCAUCACAACAAGUGGGUGCUGCAGCGCUCUUGCUGUUGCUGGGAAGCAUUCCUGGUGCCAUUGUCGGGGCGUUUAUAAACAAGAAGUUCAAUCCAAUCAAGAGUUCCGCAUUGGCAGUCUUUGGCAUGCUAGUGGGCACUGGCUUGGGAUCCAUCAUACUCAAGGGACCGGGACAGGAGACACUGACCUACAUGUUUGCUUUUUCAUGGGGUUUUGGUACUGGGUGGAAGUACACUGGUGAUAGAGUACUUGCCGCCGGCAUUAUUCCACAAGGGCAAGAUGCCGAGUUGAUGGGUUUCUACAUGUUUUGUGGUCAAAUCUUUGCUUGGGCUCCCUCUCUGGUCUUCACCAUUCUAAACGAAGCUGGUGUAUCUCAAAGAAUUGGACUCGCAACGCUCUGUGUUGUCUUCCUGGGAGCGCUGUUGUCGUAUAUUAUGAUGGGUGAUUAUGCCGAAGCUGUUGGGGCGGCGGAUCGUCUCCGAGUUGAUACCAUUCCUUCUGUGGCACAUCGAUUCGACAAAGGCGAGAAAAGCACUGAGAUAUCGCCAGAGGAAGUUGCACUGCCAUGAUGUCGUGGUGUCUCGCAACCAUAUUAUGUAACAUGGUUGUACUUUUAAAACUAUCACAGCAUGAAAUCUCUCAGCUAGCAUGCAU